UCAAAAAUGGCAAAAGAAGUUUGUUAUCUUAUCACAACAAACGCGUAAGCAGCUAUCGGCCACCAGUGCCACAAUCACGACACUCACUCAACACUGGAGAUCAACCACCCGACACUGCCCACACUCUAUGCCACCACAAAAAAGAGUAUUGUAGUAGUAGCGCAAUAGUCUGCAAAGUAGGCGAAAGGCAAACACGGAGCGCGUAUUUACAAAAAACGUUUCAAUAGUUUUUAAGACACAAAGAACUUUCCCAAAAAUACCAAUACAUAGCAUGUCACGUAUUUUUCAGUUUUAUCUAUAAGAAAGCACUAAUCGCAAACUCUGAUUCCUACAAAAGCGUACGAAAACGCACUCCUAUUUGCUUAAGAGGCAUCACGGUGCGCUAGGUAUUGCUCCUUAAAUUGAAAAACUUUACAAGGCUUUCGGUGCAUUUGCAACUUGUGUCAGCCUGACAACAGGCAAAAACAAAAAAAAAAGUGUAAUGAAAACAAAAACUCGAUUAUGAAAACAACGUGACGUAGUAAGAAGUGAGAGAAAUCCAGAAAUUACGUAAAAGCGCGUGUUGCAACGCCAACAGUGACUUUUAACUCAACAAUUUAGUUUUUGUUGAGGGGCGAAGGGCGUUGGGCAAUGAAACUUGCAGUGUCGCUGGACGUGUAAUUGUGUGUGGGUGUAUCGUGCGGUGCGCAUCUACCACUCGAAACGAGAGAAAUAAACACAAAGUGCAAAGCCAACUCCCUAAUAUUACGGAAAAGAAGAAACAGAAAGUAACCAGUAAAAAUAAAAGUUAAAAAAAGUUUUAAUCGAAAACGCAUACAAAGACAAAGACGCCUACUUUUAAAUCAUAUACUAGUCAUAGUGUUUGUACCGUGCAGCUGCUGCAAUGUCAUCCUUCAAGGAAAAAUUUAAACUGUGGACAAGAGGGAAAUCUAGUUUAAAUUUACGUGAAGCCAGCAAUGACAACAAAGACAAAAGCAACAGAUAUUCACUCAAUACAGACAACAAAUAUGUUGAGGGUGUCAGCGGCAGUAGUAUCAACACUAGUAGCAUUUCCAAAAUCAGCUCGGGAUCUGCUGAAACCGGUGCCGGUAGUACCAAAAAACAAAGUUUUGAACAAGAAGACAAGGAUAUGGGCACUGAAAAGGACACUCGUCAGCAAAACGAGAAUGGUGCACUACAUAAAUGUAUAAAUGAGUUGGCUGCUUCGUUUGGAACAAAUUCUACAACUAGCGAUAAUGACGCAGUUCGUCACUUACCAUUGGAAAAUAUUGAAGAAUCUGAAAUAGCAUCUUCUGUAGAAACUGUACAGAAACCAUUAAAAACAAAUGCACAGAAGGCAUCAUCACACUUUGUUACUGUAAUCGAGGUGAAAGAGAGCAAAACGAAUAUGGAUGCCGACUUGGACAGUGGACUGGAAGGAAGUGAGUCAGUGCAGAGCACAACGACUCCAUCUCUGAGUAGUUUCGAACGUAAAAUUUCAACCAAAGUUGAACCGACUGCGCCACCAUUAUCCCCUGCAUUAACGUCGCCUUCAAUGACAGCAUCAUCGUAUGCAACACAUGCCGACAAUAAAAAGAAAAUGCCGCCAAGACCGCCUCCCAAGAAUAUCCGACGCGUCGAGCCACCCACUAUACCUGGCCAACUUUCGUCAUCUCCAAAACGCGAUACACCUUAUAUUGGUAGCAGUAUGCCCUUACCUAGCGCAUCUGGCAAUUUGUCGUCAUCUGAUAGUCCUGGGAAUUCACUUGAACGCAAUUUAAAACCAUCAGCCAUUUUGCGGCAAAAAUCACCAGAAUCUAUGGAAGGUAAGGCGCUUACAUCCAACAGGAAAACGACAUCGGAUUUGGGGAAGUUUAAUCCGCCUGAUUUGAUGGAAGAAUUGGGACGUAAAGUUGGCAAAUCGGAAAGUCUUGAAAAAACCAAGCGAUCGGAUAUGGCAAUAACACAAAGCCCUACUGGCAGUUUGGGACGAACAGUUUCUAUACAAAACCGAAACGUUACAGGUGGUCGUACCAGUGGCACUGCGGUGGGUGUAUCACCCACCGGAAGCUUGAGUAAACCUUCAAAGCUAGCUGUAGCAGAUAGUUCUUCAACAAAUAGCUUGGAAAAGAAAUCACAUUAUUCACUUCAGGCGGCUGACGCAGAAAAUAGCCAAACUCAAGUUGUGGGUUCAAAGGAAUCCCUAGCAUCACAAGGCAUAUCUGAAAUUAUUAAAAGCUAUGAAUCAGUUUCAUCUUUGGGCUCUGAUUGUGCAAAGGUUGCAGUGGACAAUGAACCGUAUUAUGACACAGUGCCGCUAGAUAACGGCGAAGGUGAAUAUGUUUACAUCAAACCAGGUGGUAACGGUUCCUCGUCUAGUCGCGAUGACCUCUCUACACCAGGCAGUACGCUUCCAAUCGGAUCUGCCACACACCUAAGCAGUCAAGCGAGUGUGACAGACCCUGAAUCACCUGGACGCAGCUCAAAUUAUGUAAACAUUGAUUAUUUUCUGCAUCAAAGCAAUGAAACACGUUCAAGCUCUUUGGACAGCGAUGGAGAGUACGAGGGGCCACCAAUAAUGCGAACUAUUUCUCACGACGAUCAAAAUUCACAAACCCCUAGUGCAUUACGCAAGAAUUUAGUUUCAGCAAUACUAGUCUCUGGCAACGCACGAGGCGCUAAAAUACGCUCUAUAUUGAGUAGUAUUAUACAAAGUGAAACAAUAUACGUGGAAUGCCUCAACAAAAUGAUACAGUAUAAGAGAGCCAUUCAUGCCACACUGGGUACAUCACAGCCUGUGAUCAAGGAGGAAGAAGAGAAUACGAUAUUUUUUAAAAUCGACGAACUUUAUGAUGUGCACACACAAUUUCUAAACGAUUUGAAAACGAUAGCGGCGCACGAAGGAGGAGACGUUCUUAUUGGUGAACCCUUCAAACGUCUCGCAGACAGUUUUAACUUGUAUAGCGCUUUCCUGCACAACUACGGCCAAGCAAUUGAUACAGUAAAGAAGUGCAGCGCUAAUAAUCCACAAUUUAAGCAAAUUGUGUCAACGAUUGUCGUAAAUUUACAUACUGAACAAUCGCUUACCCUGGAGGAUUUGUUGCAUAAACCUGUGGCGCGUGUACAAAUCAAUGCAUUAGUUUUCAAUGACUUGCUGCGCGAAACACCACCCAAUCAUCCGGAUCAUCAGCCAUUGCGACAGGCACAGAAGACCAUACAUUUGUUCCUGAAACAGUUCAAUGUGGUGAACCAGCGUUUGUCUACCGAAUCUAAUAAAAAUCUGAGACGCAUGGUGAAGAAUUCUUUCAUUGUUGAACUGGUGGAUGGGCAUCGUAAGUUGCGACAUCUCUUCUUGUUCAAUGAUGUGAUCGCCUGUGCCAAGUACAAGGCAUCCGGACGUGAUCGAAUUGACUAUGAGCUGAAAUGGUUUAUACCGCUGAAAGAUGUUGUGGUGUUCGAAGAGGCAGACGCUAGUGCUGACCUCAAAGAAUCUAGUCCUGCAAAUAUAUUGCAAUUGAAAACGCAAGCGUGCACAGUACGUGAUCAAUUAUUGCUCGAAGAGAAAGACGAUAAAGGACGAAAGUCCAAUGGUUUGCGUUCGGGUGAUAAAUAUCGGCGUAAAUUGGCUGACCUAGAGUCGCAGCUGGUAUUGGCCUCGCCGAAUUUAGUCUUCCGCAUUGCCAAUAAAGCAACCAAUAAAACAAUAACAUUUUUUUUGAGUUCUGAUUUCGAGCGCACGCAAUGGAUUGAAUCUAUACUGUCGCUGAAGCAAACCUGCAACAUACCUGGAGCGAACACGAUAAACGCUUUGGAGGUGCACGCUUUUAUCGUUGCCAUGCAGAAAGGUAUGAAGACUGAAAUGGGUUCAUAUCUGAUGCGAAAUACCAAUGACGAGAGUCUACUAGUGGGCGAUCUGCAUAUGACAGUGCAUGGUCUGACGGGUCUUGACCAGCCUGCCGAUUUGUACAUUUGCAUAGAAGUGGAUUCGUAUGGUCAUUAUUUCCGCAAAGCCACCACGAAAAUGGUGUGUCGUAGCUUGAGCCCACUUUGGAAUGAAAGCUUUGUAUUAGAGCUUGAGGGUAGCCAGAAUGUACGAGUUUUGUUGUAUGAAGCGCAUGAACGUCCUAAGUUACGAGCCAAGCACGUCUUAAAACUUAGUCGUAGCUGGCUACAGGAGACACCAUUGCCGCGUAUACUAAAACUUGGCGAGACCAUAACGCUGAAUACCACACUCCGAUUUGUACCCGGCGAAGUGACUUUACGACGUGUGCCAACUUCAAAGCCGGGUGCGCUCUUUGGUGCCAAAAUGAGUCAAAUUUUGAAGCGUGAGAAGCGAGACAUUCCAUUCAUUAUCAGUGCCUGCAUCCGUGAAGUAGAACGACGUGGCAUGUCUGAAGUGGGAAUUUAUCGCGUGAGUGGCUCCGCUUCCGAUUUGGCCAAAUUGAAGAAGUCUUUCGAAACCAAUGCCUAUGAAGCCGAACAACUGCUGAAAGAUGUGGAUAUACACUCAGUGACGGGUAUUUUGAAGUCAUAUCUGCGAGAGUUACCCGAGGCAUUAUUUACCGAUGCUCUCUAUCCGAAAUUUUUUGAAACGUUCAGCGCUUUUAGCAACAACAACGAGACGGCGCGUAUAAAUGAACUCAUAAAAGUAUUUGAAGAAUUGCCACAGGCUAAUAAAGCGUCCAUAAAUCAUAUAUUGGAUCACUUAAUUCGGGUACAUCAUCAGGAGGCCGACAACAAAAUGUCGCUGCACAAUUUAGCUAUGGUCUUCGGUCCAACGUUAUUGCGGCCCGGUCAAACGCAAGCUAAACAGAAAGACUUGCUAGCCUCCAGUACCGUAGAUGUCAUGGCCCAAGCAGGGAUACUCUAUUGCUUCCUGCAGGCGCGUAUUAAAAAGGAUUAAAAUAUUAACUCAUAGGCAAAGUGAAAGUGACUAAUCAGAAAUAUUGUAAAAUGCAUAUAUUUUUGUAGCAAGCAAAGGGCCUUUGUAUGCAUACGCAUAACCUGCGCGAGAGAAAUUAUUCUUAUAACUACGUAGCUUCCAUUGUAUUUAUACAGGCAUAUGCAAAACGGUGCAAACGCCGACAUUUCGCUAUUGCGCAGAUGCUGAAAGAAGCCGAAGAGUUUACGAAAUAUUGCAACAAAAAAAAUUAAUCAAAGAAAUUAAGAACAUUGCAAUUGUAUGGCGGAUAAAAGUUUCCCGAAAAAUAUAAUUUUUAUAAUCGAUACAUAUACAUUAUUAACAAAAGAAACAAAACAAAACAAAAGUAUUGAUUAAAACGCACUCUAAUGAUGCUGGAAGUAUCGAAUUAUUAUAAAUAUAUCUAUCUACACUGCUCCAAACCAUAGAUUUGCACAGCUUAUACUAUCACGGAAGCUUAUUAAAAGUUAGACAAAAUUUAAAAUUUUGUCAGUUUACAAAAACAAUACAAUAGAACAUAUACACAUUAAUACAAUACUUAAACAGGAAUAAAUUUAGCUGCUCAGUAAGCGUUCUACUAAUAAUUUUCAUUAUCAAACAAAGAAAAAAAAAAAACAAAAAACUUAAUAUAACGCUGAAAUACAGUUAUUUACCCCUGUGUAAAUGAAAUAAUCAUGAAGUUGCAAGGAACGUAAUUUGAGGGAAUUUAACGUUAACUUUCUUGUCCAUAAAUAUAGCAGAUGAUUCAGCAUGUAACAUAUUACCAGACUCAAUUAUCUUCGUGUACUCCAUGUUAUAAAUACUUAUUUCAUUUCUCUAUUUGGAAAAUCAGGGGUUUCUACAAUUAAAAGUAUUCAAGAAUUAGCUUAAAUUUAAUUGAUUUCUAAAACCAUGUUGUUAUUUAUUAUGUUUCCAUAAUAAACUUAAAAUUCCACACAACUCGUCUCUACAUGUAUAAACGGAGGAUAUAUAGCCGGUCAGACUUGUCACCUCAAUAGCAUUUCUCUAAACAAUUUUAAGUUGUUACAACAACACUAAUAGUAAUUGUAUAUGUAUUUAAAAAUAGCGAUCUGAACAGUUGCCAUAUUAGGUUGUUUAAAUACCUUACAGUAAAUGAGUGUGUAUAUUUCGACACCACCGUUAAUUAACCUUUUUCCUUAAUUUACUGCUGUUCAACUAAAACACUUCCUCUUUUCCGGCAAUCAUCUAGCGUUAUUAGUUUCAAUAAUUUUUAAGCAAUGAAUGUACUACAAUGACUUAGUCUGUGGUCGCUUACAUUUUUACCUUAUAAUGGUUACUUAUCGACCCUUUUGAAAGGAUGCGAAGAAAUAUAUUAAUUCUAAAUAAACAAAAAAACAAAAAAAAAAAAA